CUGCUGUCUCUCUUAGUGAACGAUGACCCUACUCAAAAGCGCCCGUGUAUCAUCUAAGGCAGAAGGCAAGCAACGUGCUCGAGACGAGGGUACAGGUGGGGUUGGUGGUGUGGUGUUAGAACUUGAGAUGGUGACCACCAGCUACGAUUCAGUUGCCUAUACCGUGCCCGUGUCAGUAGGCGCAGCUCAGCAAAACCUUUCCCUUCAAAUUGACACAGGCUCAUCGGAUCUUUGGAUCGCAUCAAAAUCGUGCUCCACUGCAUCGUGUUCGUCCACAAAUGGUCGCCUCUACGAUCCGACCUCCUCAACGACAAGUGGCGCUAGUUUUACCAUCGCUUAUCUCUCCGGAACCGUUAGCGGGCCCAUAGUAUGGGAUACAGUCCAGCUUGGAACAUACAGUGUGGAGAAUCAGGCGCUGGCUGCUGUUAACACGGUAUCCGACGAGCCCCUCAGCUUAGAUUUUGACGGCAUCCUUGGUCUCGCUCUUCCUCUUGAUUCGAUCAUCGAGCAAACAAUUCCCCCGACCACGGACAACAACCCAGAUGGCGCAUCGUUUUCCUCGAAUCUGUUUUCCAUGACGCCCGCCUCCACAGCUCCCUCACAACCGUUCUUCUCCCUCACUUUUGCCCGUCCUGGUUCGGAUGCAAUUCCAUCACUUCUUGGAAUUGGUAUGCAUCCUUCGUCUGUGGUUCCAGAUCCCUCGAAAAUCCAGUAUUCGACGCUUGUGAGCCAGGGCGUUGGCAUAUUAUUCUGGAAAACGAAUGUUCGAGCCAUUACGGUCUACGUAAAUGGUCAGGCACGUCCUGUAGUACUAACCGAGUCUGUUACCGGUGCUGCCUUCCCCACUGCACUGCUCGACUCUGGGGUGCCAUUUAUCGUCACGACAUCGUCUAUCGCAAACGGAAUAUAUGGCGCACUGGGCAUAAGCCCAGCCUCGGACGGCAAUUACUAUGUCCCUUGUACGACACCACUCAACAUGACCAUUACUCUCGACGGCCAACCCGAGCUACCCAUCCACCCACUCGACCUUACCAGCGAGCCGUCUGGGCAGCACAACUCACAGUACUGCAUCGGCCUUAUACAGGCUGACGACUCACAACUUACUGCUAAUUCUGACAUCGGGGACAUGGUCCUCGGCGUUCCUUUCAUGCGCAACGUCUACACCGUGCUUGCGUACGAACCCCCACCCUUUAACAUGUCUGUUUACGCUGGAAUCCGACCAACACUCGGACUUAUGGGACUCACGAAUAUAACUCAAGCGCUUAAUGAGUUUAACAACGUGCGCGUCCUCAAUCAGCCACUUGGCGGCGCACCACCGCCACAGGUCGCUUUUUCAAGCGAACCAAAGUUGUCAGUGGGCCUCGAAGUUCUUAUUGGCCUGAUCGGCUUCUUCGCACUAUGCGUCACACUUUUCGGGUUGAAAUGGUUCAUGACGCGGCGGCAGUGGAAGAAACAGGGGAUGGUUGACACAGAUGGAGGGAAGAAAGGCGAAGGCGAGUAUGGGGUCUACCAACUUACGAGGCGCAAUUCGCAGUCAAGCGAUGAUGCUGCUGUUAGUACUCUCAGGACGCUUGCAUACGCUACGAGGAAACAGAAAGUGUCCCAGUAUACUUUGGACUCAAACGGGACCCGUGUUGAGCUAGAUCCAGUCGACGAGUUUGGAGAAUGGAAUGUCAAAUACGAUCACUCGCCUCCGUCAAUAUUCGACCUGAGCGAUCCUUGGGAUCCUCAUGCUGCCAAUCGAGAUACGAUUGUAGGCACUGAUGCGCCCUUGCCCGAUACUCCCACUUCCCUCGAUUUUUUGACCACGAACCAUCGACGAACAUCGGAUGAAAUCACUGGCGUGCUGGAAAGCACAUCUGUUCCCUUACUCACAAACCGGCAUCGCCGAGGAAGCGGCUCGCAGAGCAGUGAUGGCGACGUUGCGGAGGCUGGUGUAGGUAUGGCAGGCGUUGGCACUGUUGCACGCGGGAGCCAAAUUUUCACUGGUCUACAUCAUAACCUAUCUCGGAGCGACAGCGCUGACAGGAACUCGUCAUCCUUGGGUCCGAGUACUGAAGUCGUCACUCCGUCAUGGCGAUUUUCGACAUCACACGAGCAUCCUGAUACUGUUGAUGUCGACAUUCGUUGACGGAUAUGGAUGUGGGCUUUAUUAAGAGCAUUGCUGCUUUCCAUCUCAUCUCAUUUCAUCUCGCGCACAUCUCUACCGACGCUCUUUGAUAUUUCGAUAUAUGUGGUAUACUGAUGCAUACUUGUUCGUCUGGACUUUUUUUAUAUGGGCUCAUUACCUGGACUAUCUAUCGUGCGUAUUCGUAUAAGUAUGAUACAGUCAAGCCAAUUGGUGCAGAUCCACCGGAUACAUGUACAUCAUUUGUAUUUAGAGCGAAUAUAUUAUAACUACUCAUUUGUUAAAAUCCAUUGUCUUAUGCUUGCGA